CGCACUGACCUAGACAUUUAAUAUUUUCUUGACGUGAUGACGUAAAGAGGUGGUUUCUAUAUAACAAUUUCCAAAAUGUCUUUAAUAUGCAAGAGAAUACCCGUACAUAAAACCAUUGCCUCCAUCUUCAAGAAUACUCCACAAUCAUUAGAUGAAUGCGUUUUUUUAAACCUAGCAAAACAUCGACCUUAUGUAACAAAACCCAAAACAGAAAAAAUAGGAAAAGGAGUGUUUAGAAUAGGUCUAACAGGUCUUACUGUAGGCGCUCUUGUUGGCACAGGAUAUUCCAUUCACUAUAUGAACAAACCCAGAGCCCAUAUACUUAAUGAAGAAGUAACUCUUCCAUUACUUAAAGAACUACCAGAUAUAAAACCCACUAAAUCUAUCAGGAUAGUGGGAGAUCGCAGCGGUCUACACCUUACCCUAUUUCAAUACCAAACGUGUCCUUUCUGCUGUAAAGUAAGAGCUUUUCUUGAUUAUUAUGGCAUAUCAUACGAUAUUGUGGAAGUUGAUCCCGUUCUGCGACAAUCGAUAAAAUGGUCACCCUACAAAAAAGUGCCUAUUUUAGUUGCCAAAACUGAAGAAGGAUAUCAGCCUCUCAAUGACAGCACGAUGAUAAUAUCUGCUCUGGCAUCGUAUUUGAAAGACUCUGACAAAAAUAUUCCUGAAAUAGCUAAGUGUUUUCCCAUGAUCAAGUAUGUGGAAGAGGACGGUUCAAUGAAAAAUGAAAUUAUGAAUAGAUAUUUUUUAAUGCUGAGCAAUCAAAGACUUCAGGGGAUGAACGAGACUGAAAGCAACGAGGAAAGAAAAUGGCGGAAGUGGGCAGAUAGUGUUCUAGUCCACACCCUGUCUCCAAACGUAUAUCGAACCAAAGAGGAAGCCCUGCAAGCCUUCAACUGGUUUUCAGAGGUUGGAGAAUGGGAACGAAAUUUUCCGGCUUGGGAAAGAUAUCUCAUAAUAUACGUUGGCGCCUCCGCAAUGUGGCUGAUUGGCAAAAGACUGAAGAAAAGGCAUAACCUCAAGGAUGAUGUAAGGCAGUCUUUGUAUGAUGAAUGCAGCACAUGGACUAGAGCUAUCAAUGCUAAAGGUGGUACGUUCAUGGGUGGCGAUAACCCCAAUCUUGCCGAUUUGGCUGUUUAUGGAGUUUUGAGUAGCAUAGAAGGUUGUACGGCUUUCAAAGACAUGUUAGAAAAUACAAAGAUAUCCAAGUGGUAUUAUAGAAUGAAAGAAACAGUGUUACAACAUCAAGGAGCUAGGUUUAUCUAGCUGUGUUCUAUUUGAUUUGACUUGUUACGAUAUUGAAGUCCAAUAAUAUACUCUUACAGUUAUUAUCU